AUGGAGCCUAUUCUAAACAACUUCAAGGCCGCUUUUUCUCAAGGCAAUGGCUACGCCAUGGCAAAUUGUUUGAUGCCAGCUGCUCCUAAGGAUGAUGCUGGCCUUCUUUAUGGGUUCUACCGCAGUACCAACCACUUCAGCGUGCAGAGUGACAUCCGAUCCUUCCUCACGUAUGACUCAAGAGGUCUGUUUGUAUCUAAGCAAGAAUCAGGCCUCUGGGUCGAUGUCUUUGUAGCCUAUUGGAAAGCCAUUGGAGACAUCCUACACGCAGAGGAAGCAUCCAAUCAGACCAAAGGCCCUGGAGCCGACUGGAACAAGGUCUAUGAGUCCUGGAAGGACAUGCUGAACGCGCUCCUGCGGGGCUACACCAAUUCCACCUUUCCAGCCUGGUCAAUCCCUUGUCUCUACGUCGCUGCAAAAUAUCUAAGAAUCUUCGCCAUCAAAGCCGAUGAGCAGACGGAAAAAACCAAAGGCGCCGUGACCUUCAGCCAAGGUCUAUCGGAUGAUCUUGUCAGCUCGGUUGAGAAGAACGAGAAGCUUGAAGAUGCGACACGCCAGAUCAACCGUAUCUACGGGAUUUGCUCGAAUGAUCGAGCCCCCAUGGAGGAGUCAAGAAAAUGGGGCCUUUACUACUUCACGAAUCUCAUGUUCAAAUGUCAUUUCAAGCUCAAUUCAAUCAAUCUCUCCAAGACGAUUCUCAAAUCCUUAACGGCGUCAGCGGGGGAUAUGCCUCCUUUGCACGCAUUCCCCAAGUCACAUCAAGUAGCCUUUCUCUACUAUACAGGCGUCAUCAGUUUCCUGGAAGAGAAUUAUGAGAAGGCGGAAGAGAAUCUCACAAAGGCAAAGCAACUUUGCCACAAGGACGCCCGCAAGAAUCAAGAGCUCAUCAUGACCUACCUAAUCCCCUGCCACCUCCUGACAACUCACACCCUCCCCACCAUGGCGCUCCUUGGUCCUUACCCACGCCUCCAGCAACUCUUCUUGCCACUAGCAGUCUGCAUCAAGAAAGGUGAUCUCGCCGGUUUCGACGCUGCCCUCGCCGCCAGCGAACGGGAGUUCGUCAAGCGGCGCAUAUUUCUCUCGAUGGAACGUGGCCGAGAAAUCGCCCUCCGCAAUCUCUUCCGGAAGGUCUUCCUUGCUGGCGGAUAUGAGCCACCCAAGGAAGGCGAGACAGGCACGAACCGAGUGCGCAGGACGAGGAUCCCGUUGAACGAGUUUACCGCCGCGAUGAGGCUGAGCUUGAAGUUGCGGUCGGAAGACGAGCUUAGUCGGGAUGAGGUGGAGUGCAUGUUGGCCAAUCUGAUAUACAAGGACAACCUCAGAGGUUAUAUCGCCCGUGAUGCAGGGAUGAUUGUGCUCAGCAAGAAAGGCGCAUUCCCUGGCACGGGGGUCUGA